AUGACAUUCUCGAGUUUCAGAGAAACUAGUGGCCCUAGAACCUUAUACGAUAAAGUUUUCGACGCUCACGUCGUUCACAAAGAUGAUGACGGCUCAUACUUAUUAUACAUUGACAGACACAUUAUUCAUGAAGUCACAUCCCCUCAAGCCUUCGAAGGUUUGGAAAAUGCUGAUAGAAAAGUUAGAAGAAGAGAUUGUACCUUAGCCACAGUUGACCAUAAUAUUCCAACAGAGUCAAGAAAAGAUUUCGAAUCGAUUGAUACAUUCAUUAAGCAAGCUGACUCUCGUCUCCAAGUGAAGACCCUUGAAAAAAACGUCAAGACGCAUAAUGUUCCAUAUUUCGGUAUGACUGAUCCAAGACAAGGUAUUGUCCAUACCAUUGGUCCAGAACAAGGUUUCACAUUACCUGGUACUACCGUUGUUUGUGGUGAUUCCCAUACAUCGACACACGGUGCCUUUGGUUCAUUGGCAUUUGGUAUUGGUACUUCAGAAGUUGAACAUGUCUUGGCUACUCAAACAAUUAUCCAAGCAAGAUCAAAAAAUAUGAGAAUUAACGUGCCAGGUAAAUUGAACCCAGGUGUCACUUCGAAGGAUUUGAUUUUACAUAUUAUUGGUCAAAUCGGUACUGCCGGUGGUACUGGUUGUGUCAUUGAAUUUGCUGGUGAAGCCAUUGAAUCUUUAUCCAUGGAAGCUCGUAUGUCGAUGUGUAAUAUGUCCAUUGAAGCUGGUGCUAGAGCUGGUAUGAUUAAACCAGAUGAAACUACUUUCAAAUAUACUAAGGGUAGGCCAUUGGCUCCAAAGGGCGCUGAAUGGGUAAAAGCUAUUAAGUAUUGGAAAACCUUGCAUUCUGAUGAAGGUGCUCAUUUCGAUUAUGAUAUUACUAUUAAGGCUGAAGAUGUUAUGCCAACUAUUACUUGGGGUACUUCUCCACAAGACGCUUUACCAAUUUCCGGUUCAGUUCCAGAUCCUGCUAAGGAAAAUGAUCCAAUCAGAAAAGCUGGUAUGGAAAGAGCUUUGAAGUAUAUGGGUCUUGAACCAAACACUCCUUUGAAGAGCAUUAAAAUUGAUAAAGUUUUCAUUGGGUCAUGUACCAAUGCCCGUAUUGAAGAUUUAAGAAACGCAUCUGCAGUUGUUAAAGGCCAUAAGUUAGCUGAUAAUGUUAUUCAAGCCAUGGUUGUUCCAGGUUCUGGUUUAGUUAAGGCUCAAGCUGAAAGGGAAGGUCUAGAUAAGAUUUUUGAAGAAGCUGGAUUUGAAUGGAGAGAAGCUGGUUGUUCCAUGUGUCUUGGAAUGAACCCUGAUAUUUUACAACCCCAUGAACGUUGUGCUUCUACUUCUAACAGAAAUUUUGAAGGUCGUCAAGGUGCUUUGGCUCGUACGCAUUUAAUGUCUCCAGCUAUGGCCGCUGCUGCUGGUAUUUAUGGUCAUUUUGUUGAUAUUAGAGAUCACAAAUAUAGAGAUAAUGAUAUUCCAGCUGUCGCGGUUACAAGUGAAUCUGAAUCUGAAUCUGAAUCACUUGAAGGGAAGGCUUAUGAACACGAUGAACCCAUUCAACCAAGUGAAGCUACUGAAGAAGUUGCCAAUGAUGAAUUGAAAGAUAUUCCAGCUGCUACUACUGCUGUUAAGAAAAGCCAAGCUCCAACUGCAUCGGGUAUGAAACCAUUUGUGAAAUUGGAUGGUCUUGCUGCACCAUUGGAUAAGGCUAAUGUUGAUACUGAUGCCAUUAUUCCAAAACAAUUCUUGAAAACAAUUAAGAGAACUGGUUUAAAGAAUGGGUUAUUCUAUGAGUUACGUUUUGUUAAAGAUGAGCAAGGAAAAGAUAAAGAAACAGAUUUUGUUUUGAACGUUAAUCCAUGGAGAAAAGCUGAAGUCUUAGUUGUUACUGGUGAUAAUUUCGGUUGUGGCUCUUCAAGAGAACAUGCUCCAUGGGCUUUGAAAGAUUUCGGUAUUAAAUCUAUUAUUGCUCCAUCGUUCGGUGAUAUUUUCUAUAAUAAUUCUUUUAAGAAUGGUUUAUUGCCAAUUAGAAUUGAACAAAGUGUUAUCCUUGAAAAAUUAAUUCCAAUUGCUCAAAAGGGUGGUAAUUUAGUCAUUGACUUACCAAAUCAAAACAUUUCAGAUUCUGAAGGUACAGUUUUAGUUGAACACUUUGAUAUUGAACCAUUUAGAAAGCAUUGUUUGGUUAAUGGUUUGGAUGAUAUUGGUCUUACUUUACAAAAGGAAACAUUUAUUACUGAAUACGAAACCAGAAGAAGAGAUAUUUACUCUUUCUUAGAAGGUGGUUCCAGUUUAUUAAGAUUCGAUAAUAUUCCAAAGAAGAAAUUCAAUGCUACAACAUUCAGUAUUGUUCAUGAAAAAUGGUAA